UUCCUCCUCUGCAGACUUCUUGAUGAUUGGUGGUGUUACAGUGUUCUGCUUCCGGUCCUCAUUUCCGGUCCUGUUCUGGUUGCAGAGGUGUGGGCAGGUUGCCGUGGAGACAGACACCCUGCGGGGCCAGAAAGCAUCUCAGACGGGCUGUCGGCUCCCUGGAGCCCGGCCGGCCGGCCUGCAGCAGUCAACAUGUCCGUCUCCGGAAUGAAAAAGCAGCUCCACAAAGCCAGUCAGCUCCUGAACGAGCGCCUGAUGGGAGCUGAAGGAACCAAACUGGAUGAAGAUUUCCUGAAGAUGGAGAAGACGAUCGCAGUUAUCAACCUGCUGCUGGCUGAACUCCUGUCCAGAACCACAGAGUUCCUGCAACCAAACCCAGCCUACCGAGCUAAACUGAGCAUGCUCAGCACGGUGUCCAGGAUACGAGGACAGGUGAGGACGGUGGGAUACCCGCAGACAGAGGGCCUGCUGGGGGACUGCAUGCUGUUCUACGGCCAGGAGCUGGGAGCCGCUUCCGAGUUUGGGGCCGCUCUGGUUGCUGUGGGAGGAGCCCUGCAGCAGGUCGGUCAGGCCAAAGAUGCCUUGGAUGUCGGCAUCAAACAGACGUUCAUCGACCCUUUGCAGGCGCUCCGACACGCUGAGCUGAGGGAGAUUAAGUAUCAGCUGAAGAAGGUCAAUGGCCGCCGGCUGGAUUUUGACUAUAAGAAGAGACGAAGAGGAAAAGUGGCGGCAGAGGAGAUUCGGCUGGCCUGGGAUAAGUUCAUCACGUCUAAGGAUUCAGCAGAGAGGAGCAUGUUCAUUCUGCUGCAGAGAGACGUGGAUCGGAUCGCCCAGCUGGCUGCACUGGUCGCCGCUCUGCUCGACUUCCACAGAAAUGCCCAACACAUCCUGCUGGGUCUCCAAGGCGACCUGCAGGCCAGGUUGACCGCUGCCAGCAACAAACCAGCGCAGCGCUUCAGAUCCCAGAAGAUCCGGGUGAGAAGCGACCACAGCGGCACCAUCGGGUUUUACCACCAGCUGUCGGCUGCAGCUCCUCUGUGCUCAGGAGGAAAUUUAACAGUGGUACCAUCCGGACCUGGGAGCCCCGUCUCCAGCUGCGCCGACUCUCAGCCCGUUGUGGAUCAGCCCUGCUGCCGGGCGCUCUACUCCUUCAUGCCGAACCGGGAGGGCGAGCUGGACUUCAGCAGGGGAGACAUCAUCCUCCUCACCGGCCAGGUCGACUCCAACUGGUACCAGGGGAGCCUUGGGGGCCGAUCCGGGCUUCUUCCUGUCAACUAUGUGGAUGUGCUGGUGCCUCUGCCAUCACCAUGACGACCAGUCGUCUUCUUUAGCGAUGUCACACAAUAUGCACACCUUUAAGCUAGCACUUUUUGAUGAUUGAAUCAGGAGAAACAGGGUCAAAGGGCAGCUGAGGAUGGCUUCUGGAGAAUCCUCCUUUCCUCCAUUUUUUUUUUCCUUUCAUAACUAUUUUAGGAAGAUGAGAUCAUGUUAAGAUUGUUAGAUGAUGCAUCAGAUCCAGCAGGGCCUGGUUUUAGGCUCCUGAUCCAGAAAUUAUCCAGGUUAUAUGUCUUAUAAUCCUCUUGCCUUCACUGGGACUAGAAAAACAACCAGAUUUCCAGGUGUGUAAAAAAACCUGAGUCCACCCUUUGAU